CCCAGGUCUGGGAGCCUGCCACAAGGCGUCGUCACAGACCUGCCUCAUCUUCAACAUUGGCAAUAAUCACUUGGUUGACCUCCAUCAUCUUCAACAGAUUUGCUCCGAUAAUAACUAUCUCUGAUCUGUAGAAGUCAGUCGACUAUCAAUACCGGCUCUUAAUCUCGACUAAUCGCAUUCUCCGCCAUCGCCUUUCCCGACAUUAUCUUCUCCUCGGAGCAUCCAUUUCCCCGUCUUUGUCCCUGCGUUCGCUGCAAGUUGGCAGCCUGGCCACCUGAUGAGCUUCCAACAACACCACGUCUAACCCGCAUCUCCGCGUGUCUUUGACAUCAAUCAGUUAUCGACACAUCACCCCCCUCCUCCGACCGCUAGCAACCUUCCCAACCUCCCACCUCCAACACAAACCCACCACACCACCCACAAUGCCGAACCCGACUCGAAAACACCAAAAGAAGCCCUCGCGGUCCCGGUCCCACCGCUCGACGCUCUCCCUCCAAAAGACCGAGAUCCUCAUCCACAUCUACGACCUGCUCCCCCCGGGCCGCAUCUCGACCGUGCUCUGGCACAUGGGCACCUCGCUGCUCCACUCGGGCGUCGUGAUCAACGGCAAGGAGUACGCCUACGGCGGGCACGACCGGCGGGGGCUGACGGGGGUGUACUGGACCAAGCCGCGCACCGAGCCGCCCGGCGGCACCUUCCGCUGCGAGUACCUGCACGGCUUCACGCUGGCCCCGCUGGCCGAGGUCGAGGCCAUCAUCCGCGAGGCGUCCGAGGAGUUUCUGGGGACGGGUUAUAAUCUGUUGACGCGGAACUGCAACCACUUCACGUCGUUUCUGUGCGAGCGCCUGACGGGCGAGCCCGCGCCGGGGUUCCUGAACCGCGCCGCGAGUAUUGGCCUGGCGCUGCCCUGUGUUGUGCCGAAGGAGUGGAUCGAGGUGCCGGACUUUGAUGCCGCUGACGGUACGGCGCUGGAUGAGGACGACGAGGGGGAUGAUAGCGAGCGGGUGAGGAUGUUGAGGUCGUCUGGUGAUCAGCCGCGGUUGGUUGGCCAGGAGGAUCGAGAACCGAGCAUGGAGUGGGAUAGUGAUGAGGAGCGCCAGCGGGGUGGCAAUGGCAAGGGGAAGGCGCCGGUUAGGGACUCGGCGGGGAGGAUGCUUCCUCCUGCGGAACGAGCGCCGACUAUGUGAUGCUCAGUCAACUUUCUUACUUCUCUUCGGGCAUUGGGUUGGAGUUUGGAUGGGGUCUUUGGGGGCAAUUUGAUGUGUGAUACCACGGUUACCACGGUGGGCUGGGCCACUACCACGGCCGGCGUUUGAGGGUGGUAUAACGGUGCUUGUUUUCUCGGGUAAUCAGGGUAGGAUGGAAGACCUUUGGGUUCUGGGGGGAUGGGAUGGAGCAUACCUGGUAGUAAACCUUAACCUGAGAUGAAGGAAAGAACCUAGAAUUCGUCAUUUUUACCAAGUCUUCUUGAGAGUUGCACCUUGAAAGCGAAGUCAAG